CGUUGAUAUUCAGCGCGUUGUGUCUGACUUCAUACCGUGCAAGAUGAGCAAACAGUUUGUGAUCUGCUACGACGAAAUUUCCACCGAGAAUUGUGUGCAGUAUGUAGCUGGAAAUUUUAACGACGUACUGAAGAACUUCACAUUUGAUAAAACGGACAUCGCCAAUUUGAAGUUUGAAAUUGAGGAUCUGAGCAGUGUGCUGUUCAUUAUUACCGCGAUCCUUUGUUUUGCCAUCCUGCUGGUCUUUAUCUUAAUUCUCGUCCUUGCAUGGCGGAUAAACAGGGAGAAUGCUGAAAGCAUUGUUAGGAGCAGUCAACAGAUCUUCUUGAACAGAGCCUAUGAGCCGGAUGAUGAAAUAUACAACCUUUUCAGCACGCAGAACGUCUAUGAUUACGAUGUGAAGCUGCCCUUAGAAUCGAGAACAGACAAUGGAAGACUUGGAGCAAAGUAGCAUAAAUCCAUCAUCGAAGUUAUGUGCAUUUAACCGCGUAUCAACUCCCUGGUAGUAGAACCCGGAAUACCAACACCGACAACACCAAAGUCCACCACCGGACACGAUCCUGAUCCAACUCCAUCCUCACAGCCCACUUCCCUAAGAUCCUUCUUGAUAUCCUCCCAUCUCCUUGGUCUGCCCAGUGGUCGUUUUCCAGAAGUAUUCCCCACCAGAAUUCUGUAUUAACCCCUUGCCUCCCCACGCGUGCUACAUAUCCAGUCCAUCUUAGCCUCCUAAAUUUCACUAUCCUCACUAUGCUAGGCGACCUGUAUAAUUCACGCUGUUUCUUGUUAUGCAAUAGUCUAAUUUCACCAGUUACUUCAUCAUUCCUAGGUCCAAAUAUCCUUCUGACCACCUAGUUUUCAAACACUUGUAAUCUACCUUCUUCCUUCAUAGUCAGAGACCAUGUUUCAGAGGCAUACUACACAACAAGAAAAAUUAUUGUUUUAUAUAUCCUGAUCUUCAGUGUUUUGGAUAGUAAAUGAGAUGAUAACAGUUUUUGAAUUGGAUAAAAACAAGCGUUUCCCGAAUAAAUUCUACUCUUAAUUUCA